CCUCAACAUCGGAAGCCAUGGCCAGUGAGGAAGAUGAGCCCAGGAACUGUGUGGUAUGUGGGGACCGAGCCACAGGCUAUCACUUCCAUGCCCUGACUUGUGAGGGCUGCAAGAGUUUCUUCAGACGAACAGUCAACAAAAAAACUGAUCUCACCUGCCCCUUUGCUGGAAGCUGUAAGGUCAGCAAGGCCCAGAGGCGCCACUGCCCAGCCUGCAGGUUGCAGAAGUGCCUAGAUGCUGGCAUGAAGAAGGACAUGAUCCUGUCGGCAGAAGCCCUGGCAUUGCGGCGAGCCAAGCAGGCCCAGCGGCGGGCACAGCAAGCACCUACGCAGCUGAGUAAGGAGCAGAAAGAGCUAGUCCAGAUACUCCUGGGAGCCCACAACCGCCACGUGGGCACCAUGUUUGACCAGUUUGUGCAGUUCAGGCCUCCGGCUCAUCUGUUCAUCCAUCACCAACGCUUGCCCACCCUGGUCCCUGGACUGCCUCUCCUCAUACACUUUGCAGACAUCAACACUUUCAUGGUACAGCAAGUCAUCAAGUUCACCAAGGAUCUACCCCUCUUCCGGUCCUUGCCCAUGGAGGACCAGAUCUCCCUUCUUAAGGGAGCAGCUCUAGAAAUCUGUCAGAUUGCACUCAAUACCACUUUCUGUCUCCAAACACAAAACUUUCUCUGUGGGCCUCUUCGCUACACAAUAGAAGAUGGAGCCCAAGUAUCUCCCGCAGUGGGGUUCCAGGAAGAAUAUCUCGAGUUGCUCUUUCGCUUCCACGGGACACUGCGCCGGCUGCAGCUCCAGGAGCCUGAGUAUGUUCUCAUGGCUGCCAUGGCCCUCUUUUCCCCUGCUCCCUAUCUUACAGACCGGCCUGGGGUUACCCAGAGGGAGGAGAUUGGUCAGCUCCAAGAGGAGAUGGCACUCACUCUGUACAGCUACAUCAAAGACCAGCAGCCAAGGCCCCAGGAUCGGUUUCUGUAUGCAAAACUGCUGGGCCUGUUGGCUGAGCUCCGGAGCCUUAACAACGCAUAUGGAUACCAAAUCCAGCACAUCCAGGGACUGUUCGCCAUGAUGCCACUGCUCCAGGAGAUCUUCAGCUGA